CACACAGCAGGUGGCUCUCUCAAAUUAUUUUCUGUGACACUCUUCAAACUAGGUGUCAGUGUAAUUCCUCCCUCUGGCCCCAUUGUGAAUUUGUGCUGUUUUACUUAGCAUGAUGCUGAACAUUUCUUUCAUGAAACCUGAAUGAAUGCACCAGUAAUGACUUCCAUAAUGUGGGAGAUAGGUGUCCGGAUAUUUUAGACUUUUUCUUAGCCACAGUUCCCACUAACAAACUGUGAAUGUCUUUCAUCAAUAAGGUUAGCAGAUUAUGCAGAUGAAAUGUACAAGUAGAGUGUAGAAAACAUACAGCACAACAUCAUCUACAGAACACCUAAUUCACGAUCUACAGAGCUAAAAAAAUAAAUAAAAUGUGCGUCAGUCUCGGAAAAUGCAUCGGAUAUCACUGGACCUGAAAAAAAAAACAUUUUGAAAUUUAGCCAACAGAACAAAACUCACUUAUCAGCGAUUAUUUCAGCGCCAAUGUUGAAGCGAAGUCGAGUGACGACGAGUCUUGUUUGCCACAGACAUUUACCUCAAGUAAAAGCCUACGGAGACUAAUGUGGAUGAUACUCAGGAUCAAAGUUUUCCAUCUUAAAUGUUCAUACUUAUUAUUUUUAUAUUUUAUUUAAACUUUGGGUUUGGCAGGGCAAGAUUUGUCCAAAUUUGUCAAGAUUAGGCCUCUGACAGUUAAAUAGGUGAAGUGUUUUAUUUUUAAUACAUUCUCUGUCUUCAUUUCCAACCCAUGUACACAAAGCUUGAAAGCCAAGGUAUAACACUAAGUACCAAGGCAGACUUUACAAUGCUAGAACUUUGAUUGAGAUAUCUGCAAAAAAGAAACAUAUUUCAGUAGUUGUCAGAACAUAUAUUAGAAAAUGUCAAAAUUUCACCAUUUGAAGGGCUUUUCCACAUCUACACAAAUAUAUUAUGCAUUACUUACCUCAAAAUCACAAUUACUAUUCAUCUUCGUCUUUUUAACUCAAACAUCUGUGAUUUCUUGUCUGAUGCCACUGAGGAUAAAAGAAGUAAACAGACUUGUUGUUCAUGCUAACACGGCUGAAAAAUCAUAUUUAGAAGGUUACUUGGGAGGUAUUGCUCCCUGAUCUGGUCGGAUCGAUACCACAUGCCCUGGAGUGAGAGUGAUCCUAACGAAGCUCAUUGAACAGGCCUGGAGUUUGAGCACUAGUUCAGCACUGCUCAUUUGUUCAUUUAAAGGAAGAUCAAUGGGCCCCCUUCUGUGUCACAGAGGAUACGCAGUGGGUUGGCACACCAGCAAUGAUACCCUUCUGAAUAUUUGAUGUGUGUGUGGGUGAGGGGGGGUUACACAAUAUAGUUUUGCAGCUGCUCUCUCUGUCAGUUAUGCAGAGGGUCUCAGGGCGACUCACAUUAGUAAUCGAUGGUGCUCCGUUGCGGCCUGUUUGGAGGCCACUGUUCAUUUCAUGGGCUAUCACGUUUUUUAUUACCGGGCUCAUGCCGUCAUGGCCAAUUAAUUAUUCAUGAUGUGCUAAUUCAGGGACAAAAUAAAGUAACAUAAUUAAGACCAGUUCAAUUAAACAAGAGAGGAUCUGUGCUGGCUAAGUUGUUUAUCAAUAUAAGAUGAAGGCGCCAAACAGCUCCGUUCUUGAUCGACCCUGACUGUUUCUGCUCCCCGAACAUACUGGACUCUUUAUUUUAAAGCAUAUUUGUAAUGCUCUCUAAAUGAUCCUGCUGUCCCCUGCGUGCUUCAGAGAAUCUGGCAGAGGCACCAGGUAUUGAGCAUGCCAGACGUUUGGCUCUUACUCAGGCAGUGAUCAUACUCACACAAAUACACAGCCGCUUACACACACAGGCACCUGUGCAAUCGUCUGUCCUUCUCCCAAACUGGCACAGGUGCAGCGUUUUGAUUGGCCAUGUGCUAAUGGCUAAUAUGUUUGCGCCUAAUGCCAGUGUCAUAGCUCCUCAUAUUUAUCUCGCUCUGUCAUCAUCAUCAUCAUCAUCCUCAUCAUCAUCAUCCUCAUCCUCAUUUGGCAAACUGCUACCACCUCACCCAACACCCGGACGUUUUAUAUUCCAGUCACAGAGCAGCUACCUCCCUCUCUGGAGCCCAGCUCCAUCAGCCACAUCAUUAUAGAGAUUAUCCCAUGUCUUUUAUUAAAUGGCGGUUAAUGUAUCACCAAUAAAGAUGAAUGAGGGGAGCUGAGAGACUCUAAUUGGAGGGACAUGAUGUCUGACUCAGUGUCGGCAACUAUUUCUGCAGUGCCAAACUCUUUAUGAGUCGCCAUCAUGGGCCUCACUGUGUGUGGCUGCACAAACAGAUGCUCCUGUCAAGUGUUUUUAUGUUUUGUAGCCUUUGUUGGUGUUGGGAUGUUAGACAGCACACAAUAUACAUAGGGACUCUUCAGAAUUGGUCAGUUUAUUAACUUUCUAAUUAAGUUAUUUGAAUAUAUAAGUUGGACAGAAAGCAUAAUUUUGAAUGGAUAGAAAUUAUUUGUGUGGCAAACAUCCAUCACAAAAAAAUCAGGUUUUGGCCAAAAUACAGUUUUUCUGCCUAACAUCCUUUAUAACCUCAUCUUUAAGAAGCCAUAAGUACAAUAUAUGGCCAAAGGUUUGUGGAAACCUGAAUAUCACACCCAUAUGUGGGUCUUCCCCAAACUGUUGUCACAAAUUUAGAAGCACACAAUUGUAUAGGAUGUCUUUGUAUGCUGUGACAUUACAAUUUCCCUUCACUGGAACUAAGAGGCCCAAACCUGUUCCAGCAUGACAACGCCCCUGUGCACAAAGCGAGGACGAUGAAAGUUUGCCAAAGUUGGAGUGGAAGAACUCGAGUAGCCUGCAUAGAACCCUGACCUCAACCCCACUCAACACCUUUGGGAUGAACUGGAUCACCAACUAUGUGCCAGGCUUUCUCGCUGACAUCAGUGCCUGACCUCACUAAUGCUCUUGUGGCUGAAUGAACACAAAUCCCUACAGCCACACUCCAAAAUCUUGUGGAAAGCCUUCUGAGAAGAGUGGGAGUUAUUACAAUGGCAAGGGGGGGCUGAAUCUGGAAUGAGAUGAUCAACAGGCACAUACUAUGCGAGUGUGAUGGUCAGGUGUCCACAUGCUUUUGGCCAUAUAGUGUAUAUUUCACCAAACUGAUAUAGAAAUGUUUUACUUACUUUUUAAUCUUGUUUAGGCUAACUUCCUGCAAAGAUCAUGUCAAGUAAGGAGCCAGUUUCACUCUGUGGUAAAACAGUCACUCUAACUAAAGAUAUCUAAAACCUUGCUAGCUACUGUAAGUGUUCUUUCCUCACACAGUGAGUAUCAGGUUGAUCAAGUUGUAUAGUUAAAUGCUGUAGCAAAAUGGGCAUAAGCCUGAUGACUUCACUUUGUAAUCAGAUGCUAGCCAUCAAAAUGUCACCAAUGCUCCUGUGCCACAGGUGGACUGAAAUCCUUUUUCACUUUUGGAGGUAGCCAGAUUUAAAAAUGCUAGAACUUUACUUCUGGUUGAGACACAUACAAAAGAUAAUCAGAUUUUACCUUUUUUUGGAAAGCCUGUAUAACUGUAUGUAGUAAAAAAAAAAAAAAAAAAAGUCACAUGAGGCCACUGCCCAUGUUGUAUCAUUUGGUUUAAUUGAAUUCCUUUUUCUAUGAAUGUCAUCAAGUUAAACUGAAUUUUGGAGUAACCUGAGCUAUGUUUUUUUUUUUUUUACACUCUUCAUUGGAGUGUGUUUUUUUAUACACUUUUCACUGGAGUAUGUUAUUAAUUUGGCCAUUUACCAGGGGGUGUGAUUGUUUCAGUGAUUCCUUAGUUGGAAUGAUAAUUUGGGUGCCUUUCAUUUCUGAUUUUAUGUGCUUGAAGUGAUUUAUACACAGAGGACAGAACGAGCAGGAGUGGAACAAGCUUAUUUUAGACUUCAUUUUGACUUGGUCCUCUCCACAUUUCUUUAGCUCAACAUGGACACUGGGGCACUUCAUUUUGCUUUGGGUUCACUUGAAUGCCUCAGCCGUGGGAUCUGUAGAGUCUUAUUGGAGUAGACUCGGGCUGCAGGACAGGUGAGCUAUUGAGGAGCAGAUUAGGCUAGUGCCACUGCGCCGCACAGCAACUAUCCAGGUCACACUCCUACCCCUUUCCUCGCUCUAUCAACACACAGCCAGGUCUAAGGGGAAUUUUGUAAGAUACUUCUAUUUGCUCAGAGAAUUUGAAACUGACACAAACUUUUGUAUCAGGUUGUAUAAUAUUUCUUUACUAUUACAUCUGGCAUCUCUCAAGCAUCACAGUCUUUUGCUGAGAUCAAGCAGACAGUUAUUUGACUUAGGUAACCAUAAGAAUAAUAUAACUUUCUGUUAGAUGUGUUUUUAGAUGUUCUUGGUACUUCUGUGUCCCUUUUACCAAGGAGAGAGAAACUCGUCUAUGAAGUCACAUGAAAACAGGUCAGCACUCGAUAGUCCAUCUGAGUCAAACAAUGACAUGAAAAAGAACCGUGUAAAGGAAGUGCCAUCCAAAGUUCUGCAUCACUUACUUUUCAAUUACGGCAGAUGAAGCAGAACGGAAUUGUUAGUGCCGUUUAUCGAAUGUGCACCUCUCUGUAUUAAAGCGCAAGUCAAGGAAUCUGUUGCUGUGUACAACAACCUGUCUGUGAGAUCCCUUUUAUUGUCAGGUAGGCUGUGUGAGUUUAUUAGAAACAAGGAAGGGAUAAAAAGAGAAAGAGAAAGACACUGGCACGCUUCUCCAAACAACACAAACACAGACACACACAGUCAGUGCCAGUCAUCCUGAAGAGUACCCCUUGCCUCUCUCUCUCUCUCUCUCUCACACACUCCCCCCCCCCCCUUUCUGUGUAUUCUGGUGCAGAACAAAGCAAUAGCUGAAUGAAUCGAUUAUGAUAAUGAGCGGUUGGUGUGAAGAGCGUUUUCCCACUGAAUGAAAUUGAGAUGAUGGAUUAUUGAAAAAACAUUAACCGAGAUCUUUAUGGAGUGCUAGGUACCCUCUUUCUCUGGCACAAAGAACUGCAGAUUUCUUUUAUCCUUUCACUAUCGGGUCUAUUCAUGGAAACAUUUUAAAUUCUGCAAUCUGCUGAAUUACAAUGAAAACGACCAGUAAUUUCAAAACAUACACUAGUAAAAUGCCUGUCAUUUUGGUGUGCAUGAGAUAAUGGUAUUCUUCUGAAACCCUUCAAUCAAAAUACGCACACUUUACUCCCUCUGAUUUGUGAGAAAUGUGUAUUAACAUAAUGACAAUACAAGUAGUAAAGCAAACCAAGUAUUACAGUAAGCAAUUAGUAAUUAAUGCAUCAUAAUGCACCACCUUUUUUAUUCAGUCAUUCAUGUUACAGUGAUUCAGUAACUGCUACAUUAACUACAGGGAAAGAAAUAUGAAAGGUAUGUAGUUACAAGAGUGAGGACUAUAAGUGUGGACCCACCAGCAGAUCCUGAGACGUCCACAGAUUAUACUUUAGAGAUAAUGACUAUGUACUAAAUCACCACCUGACUACCUUGCAUGUUGAUGACCAAACAGAUCCUGUAAUUAAGACUGAUAAUUUAGAGCUGUACAGGAGGGGUUCUCAAACGUUUUGAGACCAGGGUCCACUUUAAGUAAGUAAGUAAGUAAGUAAAUAAAUAAAUAAUUAAAUAUUGAAUGCCUCAGUAUACCGUAUAUUUAUUUUAUGAACAUGUAUGAUACAUCUCUUCAAAUAUUACACUCUUAGACAUAAAGGUACCAAACUACUUUGCCUUGUUGCUGGUGUGGAGCCAUUAAGGGGCAUGUUUUGUACCUUUAGGCUGUAUCUUUCACCUUAAUAAUAAUUGAAGGUACAUAAUUAGACCUUAAGGACAUUGAUGUAGGCAUACCUUUAAUAUUUUACCAUAAAAGCUAAUUAAAGAUAAACCACAUGAACCUUCCUAGUUCAAAGAUACAUAAUAAAGGUACGAAACAUACACCUUUGAUGGUAUCACCCCAGCGAUAAGAAAAAGUACAGUUUUGUACCUUUAUUUCUGAGAGUGUAUUUUUAUUCAGUGUACACAUUCACAGAGUACAUAUUUAUUAAAUGGUAAUUAGAUUUAAAUUUAUAGUUCAGUUUAGAUUAUUUAUAGGACUACUUGUUUUUGAGUUGAGGUUUGGAUUAAACCCAUUUGAAACAACUGACUAGUCGAAAGAGUUAUUAAUAAUAAUAAUAAUAAUAAUAAUAAUAAUAAUAAUAAUUAAUAAAAUUCUAUAAAAAGAAAUAAAUAAUAAUAGUAUAUACAACAGAACAUGGAGUAAUCAGCAGAGUUUACUGAUCCCCUGUGAUAAUCUCUGUGUUGAUUAACUGAGUCUAAGUAAGAGAGGGCGCUGUGCACCAGGCAGAACCAGUCGAUCCCAGAGGCAUUUCCUUUUGUGUUUAUAUUUUUAAUUCUUUUAGAGGGAAACUGAACCAUAUCCAAAGUGCUGGACCAAAGAGAAAUAAUGUAUGCUUUUGUGAGGUUUUUGGAGGACGACACGUGCUGUGCUUUACCCGUUGCGAAUGUGAGAGAUUUGAGACCAGUGCACAAAAGAGAUUUUGAUGAGCAGAAGGUGUAUGUGGUGCUCAGAGGUGAGGAGAAUGGUACAGGCCAGCCGGCCAAGGCGCACAUUCUCUCUCUGGCAGACAGCAUCGAGGAACUGGACAACAGUAUUAUGCAAAAGAAGAUGAAAAUUCCUAAAAUGACUACCAGGAAUGCAGGACAUGCCAUAGAGAAUCACUUUGGUGAAGAAAGAAUGCCACUCCGACAUAAAAAGGUGCAGUGUCAGGAGCAGCAACGGGCCUCUAACUCCUCCAAGAGCCUUGCAGCUGUGGUGGCACGUCUGGAACGUAACGCUGUGAGCUCGUACACCGAGGGUGAGGAGCUGCGUGAGGAGGAGGAGCCGGAGGAGGAAGAAGCUGUGGUGCCCCGCGUCCUCUAUGAGGAGUUGGUGCACAGCUACAGGCAGCAGGAGGAGGAGGUCCGGCGGCUGCAGCAAGAGCUGGACCGAACACGCAGACAGCUGCUGCAGCAGGCCAAGAAGCUCAAGGAGCACAGCAGCCUGCUGACAGAGGUCAAGGAACUGCGGGACUUCAACCGCCGCCUGCAGGACGUGCUGCUCAUGAGGCUGGGUAGCGAACCAAUGCACGAUAAUGGCACUCAGACAAUCAAAGCUGAAGUGGUGGAGCCAAUACCUGAACCACAGGAAAUGUGCAGAGAGGAGGCCAACACUAGCUCCACCCACUCCCCAUCCCCAAGGACCGUUUAUACCUUCAGUGAUGGAAAAGUACACCUGGGUGGGGGCAUCUGGGUCGAAGAGGAGAAGUGGCAUCAGCUGCAGCGUACACAGGGUGACUCCAAAUUCACCAAAAACCUGGCUGUAAUGAUCUGGGGCACAGAGACGCUGAAAAACCGCAGUGUUACUGGCGUCGCAACAAAGAAGAAGAAAGACGCUCUGCCUAAACCGCCUCUCUCACCAAGCAAACUCAAAAUCGUACGAGAGUGUCUGUAUGACCGUGUGUCUCAGGAAACAGCCGACAGUGCUGAGAUCACUCAGCGGCUAUCCAAAGUGAACAAAUACAUCUGUGAAAAAAUUAUGGAUAUCAACAAAUCCAUCAAGAAUGAGGAAAGGAGAGAGUCCAAGCUCCUCAUCCGGCAGACGGUAAAGAUGGAGAACUUGUAUGACGGCAUGUAGGACCUGCAAUGUUGACGUCAUAGACUGCUGCUGCGAGAAGAGGUUACACGUGAUCACCUGCGCUGCCAUUUUGGAUUUUCACUGAAGCCCACAACGAGGCCUUUUUUUUUUUUUUUUUUUUUUUUUUUUUUUUUUUAUAAAGCAUUUUACUACCCAUAACACCUCAGAGGCUAUAAGACAGCUUUACCCACAAUCCACACAGACUACAGUGAGCAGAGUUUGUUGGUUUAUGUGCUGUAAAUAAACAAUGGCUUUGGGUAAAGGGGGGAUUAUAAGGUUUGAUUAUGGAAUAUUGAGGGGAGGGGUAUGUGGUUGUUAAUCAGUCAUUGUUUUUGACAGGAGAGAUCCUUUAAAUCACAUUAGAUAACAAUGUGUAAGGCACAUCGGCUGGUGUUCUGUGUCAGAACAUGUCCUAAUGUCUAAGUCGAGAAUGAAGACUUCCCUUGAGAAGAACUGUUCUGUUUUAAGGAGAAUGUUCUUAAAACCAUAAAUGCUGAGUUUGAGUAUGGAAAUUUACAGAACGCGGUUCUCCUCGUGUGUCUGUUGUUUAUGUGAGAGAUGCAAAAAUGCACCUUUUAACAGGGUUUGCCCCUGCAGUGUCUUAAUAAAAAAUCAGUUGAUUUAAUUGAUCCCUCAAGACCCAGUUGGUUAGAGCCAUUAUAAUCAGUGUACUCUUUUCCCUGAUAUAUUGAGGAAUUGGGAGUUCAGCUAUUUCCUUCAAUAAGAUUUGAUGAUGGUGCUAAUGACGUGAUGUGUUCUCAGAAAACUCCCUUUUUUUUCUCAGCAGAGCAUGAGGUUUGAGGUUACAUUAGUAAAUUUGCAUUUACAUAGAUAUGUUUACAACAACAUGCUUUAGUGUAGUCUCAUUCUGCUUUUUUAGGUGAUAUAUCUGAACCUUUUCACAAAUAAGCGGAUGCAGCAUCUUAUGUAACUGUGAUUUUAGUUCCAUGGUGGAUUAGAGCGCUGUUGACAUAUUCGCCAACCCAGUUGUUUAGAACGAUUAUAUAGUUAGGUUGAGGAACAAGGACUGGGCAGGGAUUUUACACUUUGAUAUGGCAAUCACUUGGAACUGUUGUGUGUUUUUAUAGAAAGCUGUGAUUGUAAUAUGAGCUGAUAUUGCUUAACCUGCACUUUGGUGUGUGAGUGUGGUAAAAUGGCAGAAACAGUGUGUGGAUGUGAGUAAAGCUGUCAGCAGCGCUUGGUGUUACACGUGUUGGUGUUUUUUGUUUUUUGUUUUUUUUUCCCCUCCAAAACAAUCAAAUGGCAUCCCCAGAGGAUGACUGGGUCCUCUGAACCUCCUUCAGGGGAAGAAAUUAGAGGGGGUGAUUUUAAAGUGACAACUUCCAGUGAGCCAUGCCAUCCAUCCUUUUGCCUCCUUUUUCAUUUUUCCCCAUUCACUAUCUCGUAUCUUUUUGCAUUUCACAAAAUGGUUCAUGUGGCUGUGCAUUAAAAAGGCCUGCUUGCUGCAGGUUUGAGUUCUUAACUGUGAUGGCAUACUGCUAACUGUGAAUCAACCUCGAAUCUGCCUCUCAGCUCUUCCUGUCUCAUCACUUUUACUAUCCUGUCUUUGUUGCUUUUUUCUUAUCAAAUACAUGUACAUGUUUUUUAGUUAAUGGAUUUUCUAGAGGAGAGAUUUUAUUGUAUAUUUGGACGUAUUUGGAUCUUGAUGAUCUAUAUUCAGGCUGCACCUUAUUCUGCUUAGUCUAUUAUUUGAAACAAGUAAUCACGUAUCCAUAUGAUUCCAUCUUUUCUCCGUGCCUGUUCAUGCAUAGUUUUUCACUUUUCUUUUUAGUCUUCACUUUGCUUGUCACAAAUGCAUUAUCUCUUAAUGGAAUGCUGUCAAAGAAGCAAACUCUAUUUUAAAUUAUAAUAGCUAAUUUACACUCAUCAAUUAUCACAGUGCUCCUGCUAUCACAUCACUGUGAGCCAUUUGUAAAGGAGUAUCAUUUCACUUUUUGUUCCGUUUUCUGGAAGUGUGCUUAUAAUUGAAACAGAUGUAGUCACCAUAUACGACAGCACUUUAAUCUUAAGAAAGGCCAUGUCAUAAUGAUGGGCAAAUAUGGAUCUUAAUGGUGAUAUUAAGAGUUUUUUUUCCCCCCAAAUGGCUAAUCAGAAAACUUAGCACUUUUUUUACAACUCCAAAGUUGAAAAAGAUCCCCAUUUAUGCUUCAUAGCUAGGUCUGUGUAAGAAAAAUUUACUUUAAUUGUAACUUACCUCUAAUAUGUUGGUGUAAUAAUGGCAGAAUAGACCGUUAUUGUAUGGUUUAUGGUUCAAGGCUAUAUUUUUCUGUGAACUUUUCCUCUGUGUGUCGAUGUGCCGUGUGCUGUGUGUUGUAUGUUCCCCCGAUAACUGAAUAUGUGCUAUAUAUGAUAAUGGCUCUGUGGGUACACUGGAAAACACCAGCUUUAAUUUGGCUGAUGUUGAGCGAUAGCCAAAAGAAACUGACAAUCUUCGUGAUCAUCCUUUCAUAUUGAGAUUUGUCAGCUGUAACGUUGCCUUGAAAAGCAGUAAUUCCUCGUUGAUAGACACUCACUCCGAGUGAACAGCUUUCACAUGCAAUAUGGCUGAUAAACGUGACGUCCCUUCAGUUGUGAACCCUACCAGGGAAAAUUGUGACUGUGAAAUGUACAAAUAUGCUAUAUAUUGCCAUGAGAAACUGUAUUCAUAAGAUGCUUAAAAGCUCCAAAAGCAAACCGGUACACCUCUCCGAGAUAACGGUCCUCUGGUCCGCACUAGUGAACUUCAUCCGUCGUCAUGUUUGUGUCCACGCUUUAGAGUGACAUCACUGCGGUGCUUAAGCUUUGAGCUGCUUAGCUCCCUAAAGAUCCAAAACAAUCUGGAUGCCAAGAAGAGCAGUAUAAAGUGUCUAUGCGGAACCAUCAGGCCAAUACUUGGGGAUCAUGAAACCAGGAACUGUUUUAUUUUGAUUUAUUUUUUAGUAGAGUUUCUAUGCUAUAUGUGAAUGUGUGUAGGUGUUGGGUAAUCUAAAGCUCCUUGGGUGGUGGAUUCAAUAUAAGCCAAAGUGGAAUAGUGAUCAUUCAGCUUGAUAUGAACUUGCACAGAAUUGGCACAUGCCAAGGUCCAGAGUCAUCCAAGCUCAAAAAAGAGGCUAAAUAUACUUUUUUGUUUAAAAAAAAUUAUCUUUUAAAAUAUGAGGUUUUGCUUUACUCAAGAUUCUAUUUAGCUAAUUCUAUUAGUGCUGUUGUGCUUAAUUUCAUAUUAGAAGAGCAUUAAGCUUUCAGUGAUAUAGAUGUGCAUACUGUUCUUUCAAGCAGAUUUCUGUUUUUUCAUUUAAUCAUUUGUUAUUCUUUCUUUGAUUUUGUUUUUGAUGCCAAAAAGGGGAACAGGGAGAAUAGUUAGAAAAGGUUGAUUUAUGUUUGUAGAGUAGUACGGAUUUGGCCUCCUUUUUAAAGCCACAUACACAGAUUGUGAGUCAAAUGCUGAGGACCCAUCAAACGUAGACGAAGCUGCCCAGUCCUCCACUCAAGCUCUUCCUGCUAGCACCAUGUCAUUAUUUCCUGUUCAGACUCAUCCUAGCAGGUUACAGGUCUCAGCCCAUGUCACUGUUAUUCAGGGCCAAGCUCAAAGCAGUUCAUUUGCAACUCAGCUUUACCAUGAUUUUAAAAAAAAAAAAAAAAAAAGAAAAAGAAAGUAUUUUUAUAAAAUCAGGACAGGUGAUUUGUGGCAGUAAUGAAAUGUGUACUAUCUGAAUCCUACCUCAUUGCUUAUCAUGUCACUUUAGUUAUGUGCUCCAUUCAUAGCACCUCACUCUACACGGGCACAGAUUUGUAAAUAAAUCAGUCUGUAUUGUAGAUUUUUAAUAUCAUAUAGCUGAUUUCUGCUUUUUUUAACAGUAUAUAUUCAAUAUGAACCUCCUUUGAGUCUGCCUGAUUUGUAUAGGAGCGAGUCUUUCUUUCUAAUUCUGUGAUUCUGUCGGUGUCAUUUGUGCUGUAAAUCUUUGUUGUUGUUUUUUUUCCCGUAUUGUUUUGUAUUUUUCUGGUUGAUGGUGCUACCAGCACACGUGUCAUUUACCUCAGAUGGUGCUACUUUUUUACUGUGGUGGAUGUCAGUCAGUGUCACAUGAUCAAAAACCAGUAGUUUUCUUUUUAUUUGAUAUUAAAUGAAAUCAGGACAGACAUGUCUUGCUAGUCACACCACACAUGCCAUAACAUUUUUGUUUAAUUCAUAUUUGUAGACAAUUAUGUGUAGAGUAUUGUUCAACAGGCAUUGAUGGAUAACUGUUAAACAGUAUGUGUAGUUUUCAUUAGCAGCAAAAUAAACUGCUGUAGGGAGCUUAUUAAUCCCCACAGUCGAUCUACCUGAAUGGUACUGGGCAGUGCACCGUGGUCCUCAGCAGUGAACUUAUCCAGCUCCACUGUAGUUACCAUCAAAACUGCAAGAAAUUAUAUAUUUAGAAAAUAUUUUAGAUAUUGCAAUACAGUACAGUGUAUUUUAAAGAGUUUAUAUAACUUGCCAAAGUGGUUUUCUCCCAAAGACAGUUUAUUUGCAGUGUCUCUUAAAAUAUUCAAUUAUUUGAUGGCAAAAUGAUCAAAUUAUUAAUUCUCUAUUAAUGAAACUACUAGAUGUUUGUAAAUAUUAAUUUUAUGACCUGCCUCUUUUAUUUCCAUGUCUCACUAAAAUGUCUGAUUUUAAUUGAUUUUUUUUCUUUCCCUCACCAUUUUAAAGUUGUUGGUUUUGCAUAUUGGUGGUAUGACUGAAAUGUGUCCUGAACAACCUCAGAACUAGAAUACACUCAUUAUCUGGAAUCAGCUGUGUUGCAUUUAAAUCUGUCCUUUCAUUUCAUCUUUCAUGUUCUUUGUUCUUGCUGCUGAAUAAUAUCUAGAAAUCGAUGUAUAUGUACUUACCUAUAUUUUUCAGAAUCAAUAGAGAAUGUCUUCUAAAUACAACUGUGAAAACCCUUUCUUUGAGUGGCAGGUGUUGUGGGCGUGGUGAUUUUUUACACACACUGUGCUUUUGUCUGAAUCAUCUCUUUAAGAUAGAGACGUGCACAUGCUCAAUGUCCUUACCUUUGGGUUGCAGUUCCCAUGAAAAUCCAAAGACAAGGGCUGGCAGGUAUGCCUGGUUUCUUUAACCUGUUCCUGAUUUGGAAUACGCACUUAGUUUCAGCAGAGAAUCUCUGUAAAUGUUUGGUGUGUAACAGUAGGUUACAGCUGAGUGUGUAUAAAAAAAAAAAACCAGGCUGUCGUGUUUAGCUUCCUGCUGGGUUAAGGGAGACGACCUGAAAAGCAAAGCAUUUCCUCACUGACCGCUCUCACUCCUCUCUGGUGCGCGGCUGCUAUAGUUGGUCGGCAUCAGUUUAUUGUGUAUGUGCUGCAGUCCAAGUACUCUUGUUCUAUGUACAGAUCAACAAAAUAAAUUCAGACUUUUAUUCUACAAAUAACAGAGCCAGUCUUUU